ACGUAAAAAUCAUAUGUCUCGAAAGGAAAUCGUAUCCUUCCUACUCCUUCUUGUGGCGCUCAUUUCCCUGCUGAAUGCCACUAUCUUUGCCAAUGUAAUGCCCACCCACAUUAACUUCAGCCAGUUGGGGCAUCAAACAAUUACUCUGAGCACCUCCUACAUAUGCAUCCUCUAUGGGCUGAGCACUUGGCUCUAUCAUUCGAACUAUAGGCGGCCCAGGCGACACAUGCGCUGGGUGCAGAUUGCCAUGUUAAGUAUCUUGAUUGUGGCGAAUAUUGUGACUUGUUACUACUUCGUUGACUCGAUCAGUAUGCGAAAAGUGAAGGAGAGCACGGAUAUCGAAUCACUGUUGACUCCAUUUGAAAGGGCUUGCAAAUGGAUCUCACUAGUGCUGAGCAUUGUUGCCGUUCUGCUGCUAUUUUUAUCGCUGGUGCUGGUGUGGUUGACGGCAUGGCGAAAGGAAAAAGAACGCCACAUCAGGCUAUAUCAGGAGAGAAAGUCUGUGAUGAAGAGAUGAUGAACGCGAGCAUGAAAUAUUGAAAAAGUGUUGCCUACUUUGAGGGGCACGAGGCAUCAGCUUGCCGGGGGACGGGGAGAGGCAUAAAGAAUACGUAUGAAUAGCUUUAAAUUGCUACCUUGCACCGUAGAGUUUUGAAUGAAGAGCCCAGCUGAUGCCAACGACAGUUCUCCUGCUCCUUAUCCUUGGCUUUCCUAUCUUCGUGGGUAUGCAUAUAAAAUGUUGUUUGCAUGCAGCGCCAAACAUUUCAUGUCACUGCAAUGUGGCGCCGCCGCUGCAAUAAUAAUAUAAAUAUUAUACGUAUGCAAUUUUCGUAGCAGACACACAACACACACACACACACACACCGGUAGGAACAUGUUGCGAGAAUGAUAUAAAAACUGUCUGUCUGCUUGCGUGUGCAGUUGCUUUGCAAGUGAUAAAAAAUAUGGGGGUUUUCCGAGGUGAAACAACACAGGUAUAGUACUAUACCUGUAUAUACUUACAUAUUCGUAUAUGAGUGUGUGCUGGAACUUAAGGAAGGAAAACAACAAGCCUGUGUGAGUAUAUGACUUGUCUUUAUAUUGCAUUCUGCUGUAUAAUGGAACAGUUUUUGUGCGUCAGACAAAUCAACUUAUUCGCAAGUUAAAGUUGAAAUGUUAAAGGCGUCCAACUUUCAGACAUCCAGCUUGAGCCAAUUAAGCACCCAGCUGGCACAAAGUAAGAGGCUUUUCGAAAGGCAAUCAAAAGUGACAUUUCUACAACAAAAUUUCCAGUUAAGUUAUUGCCGCGCCCAUCCAGCCCAUCCAGGCCAUCGUUCCAUCCACCUCACCCCCACUAAAAAACGCACACAAAUUCACUCGACUGCGCAGCGAAAGUAAUUCCAAAUUUAAUUGCGUAUAAUUUAGAACGACGAAAUGUUUUCGUGUGUUUAAUUAACUGCAAAAUAAAAAAAAAAAUAAAAAAAAGCGAAAUACGCAACAGUGUAGGCAUUCCAAAUGGCAACAGCAGCAACGACAUUCAGCAGCCAAAUGCUUAUUGUUAAAUGGCAACUAAUUAAAUUUUAAACAUACCAUAGGAUCGGAAAUAGGAUGGGGGCGCAUAGACAAGUAG